AUUAAAUGUGGAGGUGAUUCGCGUUAUGCGGCAAGCCCGCGGUUGCGUCUUCAUGAGUGAAGCGUAUGAAUGAACAGACUUGCUGUUCAGCGGCGGGAAUGUAGUCAAACAUGGCUUCCUCGUACGAGGGGGACGUUCGGCUCGAGGAAAAAUUAAAACUUAAGAUAGAUGCAGCGAAGAAUGUUAUACCCAAGUCCUCAAGCAAUUCAGGAAGAGAUACUUUCGUUGCAGUGGCACUGGACUGCGAAGAAAUCUUUCGAACGGCAAUCAAACAGAAUGACAAUAACCCUUUGUACGGGGAAGGGAUCGAGUUUGAUGUCCCACGGCAAUUCCGGCAUCUAUCUUUUUGCUUGUACGACCAUGACAAGAAUUCCAAGCAACAUCGCCUCUUGGGCAAGGCGACUGUCAAAAAAGAGCGACUCAAAGAACUCUCCGGCAAGGAAAGCUGUUUCCAGUUGUCCUCAUGCGACGUGAAUGAUGACGUCCAGGGAAUCGUUUACCUCGAGCUCGGUGUGAAAGAAGUGCUUGGAACGGAUUCCCCGUUUGCGCUGCCGAGUCACAACUUGAUUGUGAAAAAUGUCCAGUGUUCCAACCUCGCGCUCACGAACAAUGCGUGCAAUCCCUUCGUCAUCCUCACCCUGCAAAUCAGCGAGCAUCGGAUGGAGGCCAAGAAGUCGAAAGCGAAGAUGAAAACCACGCGGCCUCACUUUGAUGAAACGUUUCAGUUUACCGUGCCAGCCAAAUGCGUCCGAGGCAACAACUACGCAUCCCGGGUCGCCCCCCGAAGCUCUUUGGGCCCGUGUCGCCCCGACGACUGCGUCUCUGCCCUGGACGUGCUCUACUUUGCCCACCUUCACGUGUCAGUGUUCCACGAACAGGCCGCCUUGCCGACACCGCUGUCGAAACCCGUGUCGCUGGGCAAGGUCCGAAUCCCGUUGCGGGCCUUUGAUCUCAGCAAGGGCCACUCGGCCUGGUACUUCCUGCAACCCGAGAUCCCGGGGUAUCGAGGGGCCGAGAACGGCGACGAGAUCGUGGACGGGCGACGGGACGUGGGUUCGUUGCGGGUGCACAUUACCUAUUCCGCUGACCACGUGUUCUCGGCCAAAGUGUACGAGAAGCUGUGUUCUUUGCUCAUGGAGAGCCCUACAGUUACGCCUGUAACGGCCAGUGCAGCUUGGAUAUUGGGUGCUUUAACGGGCCUAAAUCCAGAAGCAAUUCAGCCCCUGGUGCGAGUUUUCCUCAACGAGAAGCAACCUGUAACGGCCAGUGCAGCUUGGAUAUUGGGUGCUUUAACGGGCCUAAAUCCAGAAGCAAUUCAGCCCCUGGUGCGAGUUUUCCUCAACGAGAAGCAAGUGAUCCCAUUGAUACGGUCAUUGGCUGAAGUUGAAAUGCGCCAGUGCACGACAGAUCCUACGACAAUCUUCCGUGGAAACACGUUGGCGUCGACGUGUUUGAACGAGUUCAUGAUGAUAGUGGGUCGAACGUAUCUGCAGUCCACGUUGAAGUCGAGUUUGGAAAAGGUGCUACGAGAGAAGAAGCCGUGUGAAAUUGAUCCCAAGAAAAUUACCGACAGCGACUCUCCGAAA